GGGAUAGGUGCCACGUGCGCAAAGAUAAGCGAAUUGUACCAUUGGGAUAUGAUGCUGACUAUGGUCAUCAAGUACUGUCAGUCUUGUGUACCCUGUCAGGAGAGGUCGGCGCAAAGACCAGGGGAGCCUCUACACCCGAGGUUGGAGAGAGAAGUGGGUGUGGUUGUACACCUGGACCUGCUGUUCAUGCCAGCUGGGGAGAAUGGGUGUAAUUACAUCUUCGAUGCACGGGAUAACCUUACUGGGUUUGUGGACGGGCGGGCUAUCCGCACAAAAACUGACCCAGUUUUGACAAAUUGCAUCGAGGAGUAUUACUUGCGCUACCCCUUUGUCAAAGAGUUCGUGAUGGAUCAAGGAUCGGAGUUCACCUGUAACGAGGUGCGGACCUUGCUUGCGGGGUACAGCGCAGUGGCAAACUAUACUACUGUCGCACACCCUCAGGCGAAUGCACCUCUGGAAAGAGGGCACAGUACCAUCACGAAUCUCUUGGCCAACUGGACAGAAGGCAAACCUAGUCAGUGGCGGAAGUUCCUGCGAGCAGCUUUCUUCGUGGAGAAUGUCACGGUAAAGAGAACUACCAAGUACGCGCCAAUCACGUUAUGGUAUGGGAGGCAUGCCACCUUUCCCAUAGAAAGCUUCAUGAAAGCCUGGAGGCGCCACGACUUGGAAGUAAAUCUGUCCUUCGAGGAGCUGCUCGAUAUCCGGGCUCGACAAGUGGGAGCUGCUGAAGAGAGAUUGCGAGAGGCCACCGAGAGGCCACUAGCGAGGCAGAUUCGGGACAGAGCGCAUGAUUGGGAGGACUGCCAGGCUCAGCUGAGACAGGCAUUUCGACGGCCAGAGCCGGAGAGACCAGAGCCCAGGGUGGAAAGACGGCAGAGGAGUAAGAGGCCACGUCGAGACCCAGAAACAAGGGGGGCCAUAGCGAUUAGGAGAGGCCGAAAGGCUUCGGCACAGCGGGAGGAGCCAGCGGAGCCAGUUCAGGCGGCGGAGCCGGCGCAGGCAGCGGAACCAGUUCAGGCAGCAGGGCCAGCUCAGGUAGCGGAGCUACCCCCUACUCGUGGACUUGAGCUAGUGGAGUUUUGCCAGAUCACAGGCAGUGACCUACGGGGUCUGUCGCCGAAGUUGCCAGAGGAGAGGGAGGCUGUACUGUUGAGGAUGUGGCUCGAUAGGCUGGAGGCCCAUCUCGAUGUGUUCCAAUGGGGGACUUCGCAGCUGGGAGGAGAUCCGGUUGAACUGGCACAGUACGAGCCGGCAGAAGAGCCACCAGGCCCUGAGUCGGAAGCUGAGCCGCACGAGUCAGGGGAGCUGGGGACCGAGGAGGUUAUUACCAUUGGGGACGAUACCCCUCCUCCCACCCCAAUCCCGGAGCAGGUGCGGCAGUACUGGCCUGAGGGAAUUCCUGAGCCGGAUAGCGAGGAGAUUCCAGUACCGCCAUUGGAAACUAUAACGCUGCCUCCGAAGCAGGCUGAGCCAGGGGAGCGAGAGGAGAGCGAGAGGGCGAGGAUACAUACGAUUGUGCCACCACAGCUAGCUGAGCAUGCGGCCGAGCACUUGGACACUGAGGUGCCGCCACCCAAGGAGCCACCGCCAGAGUUACCGCCUGCAGGAGGGGGAGUGAGUGCGGGAGUCCCACUGCGAGGGGGCCACGGGGCACGAGCAGGGAGGCCAUCAGGGGAGACAGCUGAGGAAAAGUCCGUGAGGGUGCAGGCGCGCAUUGCUGAAAUAUACGAGAAGAAAGUUAGGAUGGAAGCUGCAGGAGAGGCGCCGACACCGCCGGUCGACCCCGGGACCAGGCCACCUCAGCCAGGGGGGAUGGAGAAGGUAUUCUUGGAUUCAGCGGAGGCGGAAGCAAGGCGGAAGGCCGAGGAGAAGAGUUUCAGCUUCAGAGCUUCCACGGAGUUGGCCUCGCAGCAAGUGACCCCUAUGGCAAUUGAGACCCCCGCAGAGAAGCCAGCGCAGAGGCCCCAGUCGCCACCAGCAGGAGGAAGUUCCGCGGAAAGGUCCCCUACGAUUCUAUUAGAAGUGCGGGGAGGCACCGUUACGGGGGCAGUGGUGGCCGCUGAGCCUGAGACGAUGGAGGAAGAGGCAUCACGCCUGGAUGAGAUAGUGGCAGCCAUGGAGCUAGAUAUGCCAUCAGGGGGGCCUCAGAGGCAGGAGACCCCGGAGCGUGUGCUGGAAAUGGGAGAAUUGAAGACGCAAUGGGGCUCCUGGGCCACAGAGGCUGACUCAGGGGGGCGGAUGUCGGAGCAGCACUAAGAGGUUAUGAGUGAACCAGCGGCAGCCGUGACUCCUCAGCCAUCAGAGCCGCAUAGGAACGAG